CAAUUCCCACAAACCUCUACACACAUAUCCUAGUCUUAUUUAUAUGAUAGUUUCGGUAUAUACAUAUAUACACACACCCAUAUAGAAUCCGAUAUAUGGAGGAAAAAAUCGCCGGCGAAGCGCCGGCGAAACUCAACAGGUAUGCUCUUGCAUGCUGUAUUGUCGCAUCCAUUAUCUCCACGAUAUUCGGUUAUGAUACCGGAGUAAUGAGCGGUGCUAUGGUCUUCAUCGAAGAAGAUCUCAAAGCGACCGACGUCCAGCUCGAGAUUCUCACCGGAAUUCUCAACCUGUGCGCUCUCGUCGGAUCUUUGCUGGCCGGAAGAACUUCCGACGUCAUCGGACGUCGUUACACCAUUGUCUUGGCUUCCAUUCUCUUCAUGCUCGGUUCCAUUCUGAUGGGUUGGGGUCCGAAUUAUUCGGUUCUCUUAACCGGGAGGUGUACCGCCGGUAUAGGAGUCGGUUUCGCGUUGAUGGUUGCUCCGGUUUACUCAGCUGAAAUCGCCACGGCUUCGCAUCGUGGACUCCUCGCUUCUCUUCCGCAUCUCUGCAUCAGUGUCGGAAUCCUAAGUGGGUAUGUGAUAAAUUACUUCUUCUCCAAGUUACCUUUGCAUCUCGGAUGGCGGCUCAUGCUCGGAAUCGCCGCCAUCCCAUCGUUGAUCCUCGCUGUCGGGAUCUUGAAGAUGCCGGAAUCUCCUCGGUGGCUGAUUCUUCAGGGCCGUCUCGGCGAAGCCAAGAGGAUACUGAUGAAGGUAUCAAACUCUCCGGAGGAGGCGGAGAUCCGUUACAAGGACAUCAAAUCGGCGGCAGGAAUUGACGAAAAGAUCGACGACGAGGUCGUUAAGUUCGAGAACAAGAAGACACACGGCGAGGAUGUCUGGAAGGAACUGAUCCUCCGACCGACUCCGGCGGUCCGAAGGGUUCUCCUGACGGCGCUCGGGAUCCACUUCUUCCAACACGCGACGGGGAUCGAGGCCGUGCUGUUGUACGGACCGAAGAUCUUCAAAAAAGCCGGAGUCACGGCCAAGGACAAGCUCUUCCUCGUCACGAUAGGUGUCGGAUUCUUGAAAACGAUCUUCAUCUUCACUGCCACGUUUCUACUGGACAAGGUCGGGAGGAGGAAGCUACUGUUGACGAGCGUGGGGGGAAUGUUCUGUGCCCUAAUAUCACUAGGGUUUGGUCUAACCAUGGCUCAGAACACAGGAGGGAAACUUGCAUGGCCACUGAUCCUUAGCAUCGUCUCGGCCUACUCAUUCGUAGCGAUUUUCUCGGUAGGGCUCGGACCAAUCACAUGGGUUUACAGCUCGGAGGUUUUUCCAUUGAAGCUCAGAGCACAGGGAGCGAGCUUGGGUGUGGCGGUGAACAGAAUGACGAACGCCGCCGUGUCGAUGUCGUUCUUGUCGCUGACCCACGCCAUUACCACCGGCGGAGCCUUCUUCUUGUUCUCCGGCAUGGCUGCCGUGGCUUGGAACUUCUUCUUCUUCCUCAUUCCCGAAACCAAAGGGAAGUCUCUUGAAGAGAUCGACAUGCUUUUCUGCAGGGAAAGUGACAAGAAACGGAACGAAAACGGCGCCGUUUGAGCAAGUACAAGAAAAAAAAAACGGGCGUCUAAUUUUUUUUUGGAUAUAAGCGAUAAACGGGCGCUUUCUUUGUCCAUUAAAAAAAACAAUGAAAAUAGAAGAUAAUGUAUGUUUUUUUAUUCACAGAUGCCAAAAAAAAUAUCUGAAUUGUAGAACGAGAUGCAGAUGUAUUUGUGUAUAACCAUGAUUAU